CUGAGCAUGCGCGGGCCAUCGCGGCAGACGGAUAUUAGAAGUGGAGGAUUUGCAGUCAGGAAAUUCAAACAAAUCUCACAUCAGGAUCUGACAGAGUUGCUCAAUUUAUUGAAACCUGAGUAUCAUCAGAAUUUGAACAUGGAAGAAAAAAGCACCGUUCACAGUGGAGAGAAACCGUACACGUGUUCUGUGUGUGGGCAAGGCUUCAGGCAAUCAUCUAGCCUGUCAAGACACAAGCACAGUCACAAUUGGAAGAAGCUAUGGAAAUGUGGAGACUGUGGAAAGGGAUUCACUCAGUCAUCCUACCUGCUGAUACACCAGCGAGUUCACACUGGGGAGAGACCAUUCACCUGCUCUGAGUGUGGAAAGGGAUUCACUCGGUCAUCCACCCUGCUGACACACCGGAAGGUUCAUACAGGGGAGAGGCCAUUCACCUGCUCUAACUGUGGGAAGGGAUUUCCUGAGUCAUCUCAUCUGCUGACACACCAGCGAAUUCACACUGGGGAGAAACCAUUCACCUGCUCCAAGUGUGGGAAGGGAUUCACUCAGUCAUCCCACCUGCAGAGACACCAGCGAGUUCACACUGGGAAGAGGCCAUUCACCUGCUCUGACUGUGGGAAGGGAUUUUCUGAGUCAUCUCACCUGCUGACGCACCAGCAAAUUCACACUGGGAGAGGCCAUUCACCUGCUCUGACUGUGGGAAGGAAUUCACUCUGUCAUCCAACCUGCUGAGACACCAGCGAGUUCACACUGGAAAGAGGCCUUUCACCUGAUCCGAGUCUGGGAAGGGAUUCACCCAGUCAUCUGACUUGCUGACACACCAGUGAGCUCAUGAGUAAGUACUGUGAUUUUAUUUUGCUGUUAACCACAUCCAGGACUGAACCAUGUUCACUGGGAUCAUUUUUCUUCUUCUUCAAAGGAAGAUGGUUGUGGUUGUUGGAAGUCAAUCAUCUCAGUCCCAGGACAUCACUGCAGGAGUUCCUCAGGAUAGUGUCUUCGGCCUAACCAUCUUCAGCUGCUUCAUAAAGUCAGAAAUGGGGAUGUUCAGCCAUCACUCAUGGCACCUUGGAUAUUAAAGCAGUCUGUGUCCAUAUGCAUCAAUACCUGGACAACAUUCAGGCUUGGACUGACAAGUAGUAAGUUACUUUCACUUCACACUAGUGCCAGGCAAUGACUAUCGCCCCUUGAUAUUCAAUGGCAUUACCAUCACUGAAACCCCCACUAUAGCAUGGCAACAAGAACAGGUUGAGACAAGGAUUUCUGUGGCGUGUUUCUCACCUCCUGUCUCCUGUAAUGAAACCAUAAUAAUUUUCAUAAUAUUAUAGUGGUCUAUUGUAAAGUAGGUUUGUGGAUGUGAAUGUACAUUUUUCUGUCUGCGAUAUUUAAUGAGAGUCACAUCGACUGCAGGGUUGAAAUUAUCAAAAUAAGUUAGAUGUACAAACUAUUAUAAAUGCAAAUGAGUAAGCAUGGACAAGGCUUUGCAUAUAAGGUGCAAAGGAAAUUUGAAUUUUUAGAUAAGCGAAGGAGUUGUUGGGUUUCAAAGGGAUGACAGGAUGUUUACAACCAGCAAGAUAAGCAAGGCCAAGCAGUGUGUUUAUUUUUCCCAAAGGUACUGACCAUAUUGGCAAUAUGAAAGAUUUUUAUUUUGUGAGGAAGGUAAAUUUCCAAAGACAUACAGAACAAUGGAAUUUUCAGAUUAAAGAGAGAGAAACAAAUAUAUAGAGGAAUGAAAGGCUUUGUUGUGGAGCCAUGUAAGAUCUAAGAGGAGUGUGUGAAACAGCCUUAGAGAAGCCCCCAGACAUUUUUGCAGAAGUCUGCUGUGUCCAGUAACUAAAACUGGAGAAAAGCUUUUGGAAUUCCACUGUCGAGUGGGUGCUGUGGUAAACUUGCUAGCUUGCUAUUUUAACUUAAAAUCUGUUUGGUCUCUUAGGAGGUGUGUAGUUGGGAAUCAGGUUAAUUAGUAAUUUUGGGAUUUGUUAUUGUAUUAAGUAACUGUAAUCUUAUGUA